AUGGACAUUGAUAAUGAGAACAUUUUGGACUUUGACAGUGGUACUCAACAACAAGAUUCUCCAAAUGUGAAGACACCAAUUGAAUGCUCAAUAAGAGUUGAGAAUAAGGAUGAGAACCAAGAACACACUGCACAACCAACUGAUGAAGAACCAAACCAAGAUUCUGGUGGGUGUGACGAUAACAGUCAAAAUAAGAGAAAGUUAAGAUCUGUUGUUUGGAAUCAUUUUAAAAAACAAAAGAUUGGAGAUGUGUGGAAAGCAGUGUGUAAUAACUGUGGGAAAAAGCUAUUGGCUGGAAGCAAAAAUGAAACUACGCAUUUGCGUGAUCAUUUCAAAAUAUGUCCUUUGAGGAAGCAAAGAGAUAUAAAGCAGUCUUUGUUGCAUCCUACUAAAUCAAAUGAUGGGGGUGUCAAGCCUGGUUCAAACUCUACAGCAUUGUCCCAGGGCUACACAUCUGAUAAUGAUGUUGAGAAUGAGGGUUCUUACACUGAAGAAGUUGAAAAUAUUACUUUGUGCAAGUGA